CAUAAGCUCCGCAGCGCCGCCGCCACUACGCGCUCACAUGGUGCCGGAGGAGGUUCGCUCGCGUGCCUCUUGAACCAAAACCCCGCGAAGCACGCGCCGGUCGUCGACAUGGCGCGGAUUGCGAGGCUGUCGCCGAGCCGCGUGCUGAUUCUGCUCGCGCUGCUCGGUUGCUCCGCGAGAAGCGGUCGCCGCAGGGAGCGCGUGUUCUACGUGGGGAUCGUUGAGGACCGGUGGAAUUACGCACCGAGUGGAAAAAACCUCCUGAGUGGGAAAGCGAUCGCGGAUGAUGGCGACGCAGCUGUAUUUCUGCAAAGCGACAAUCAGAGCAUCGGCGCUGUCUAUAAGAAGGCGAUGUUCCGACAGUAUACGGACGCCUCCUACAGCCGCCCGGCUCCUCGACCCGAGUGGCUGGGCUUCCUGGGCCCCAUUCUGCGAGCGGAGGUUGACGACGUGAUAGUGGUUCAUCUGAAGAACUUCGCCAGCAGGAAUUAUUCCAUGCACCCCCAUGGAGUUUUCUAUAAGAAGGAUGCUGAGGGGGCGAUGUACCCAGACGGGACGUCGGGCAGGUUGAAGGAGGACGACUCGGUUCCCCCGGGGGGCAGCUACACCUACCGCUGGGAGGUCAGGCCAGAAUUUGCUCCCACAGACGGCGAUGCCGACUGCCUGACCUGGGUCUACCACUCCCACCUAGACGCCCCCCGCGACAUCGCGUCAGGACUUAUUGGCGCUCUGCUCACCUGCAAGAAAGGGGUUUUGAAGGAGACUAACGAGCCAAUCGUUACAAAGUCUGCCCGUAACGACGUGGACCAGGAUGUGUUCUUGAUGUUCAGCGUGGUCGAUGAAAACCUGAGUUGGUACCUGGAGGAGAACAUCAGGGAGUAUAUUGGUCCAGUUUAUAUCGACCAAGAAGACCAAGACUUUGAGGAGUCAAACCUGAUGCACGCUAUUAAUGGCUACGUGUUCGGGAACCUGCCGGGGAUCUCGUUGUGCCAGCACCGCAGGGUUUCCUGGCAUUUGUUUGGCAUGGGCAACGAGGUGGACAUCCACUCCGCGUACUUCCAUGGGAACACGCUGCUGGACCGCGGCCACCGCACCGACGUCCUCAGCCUGUUCCCGGCCACGUUUGCGACGGCCGAGAUGGUCCCUAAAGCCCGAGGAAAGUGGCUGCUGUCCUGCCAGGUUAACGACCACUUUGAGGCUGGAAUGGCUGCUUUUUAUGAGGUGAAGGCUUGUGACGGUGAGUCUGGCGCUACAGUGGCUGAAGGUGCUGUGAGGACCUAUUACCUGGCAGCGGAGAAAUUACUGUGGAAUUACGCUCCUUCAGAUAGGGACCUUAUUAAUAACGUAUCUCUGACCGAGGCCGACAGUCCAUCAGAGGUGUUUUUUGGCAGAGGUGACGGGAGGCUCGGGGGUCAGUACUUGAAGGUUUUAUACAGGGAGUACACGGACGGCACGUUCACCACCAGGAAACCGCCCGAGAGCUUUCACUUGGGACUUCUGGGUCCAGUCCUGAGAGCAGAAGAAGGGGACACCGUCCGCGUGACGUUCAUGAACAUGGCCGAUGGACACUACAGCAUUGAGGCUCACGGCCUGCAAGACGACCGGCUGUCCCCAGGAAGCUCCUCGGACAGCAAUGAGCGAUGGAUGGGGGCGACGCCCGGUUCCCAAGUUGCUCCAGGAGAGAAUUUCACCUACACGUGGAAGGUGCUGGAUGGUCCAUCGGCCUCUGACCCGCCAUGUGUGCCCUACCUGUAUUACUCCGCCACCGAUCCCAUCAUGGACACCAACUCCGGCCUGGUGGGACCUCUGCUUGUGUGCAAGAAAGGAACGCUGGCGCAAGGAGGAACCCAGGAAAAGGAGUUUUUCCUUCUGUUCUCUGUCAUGGAUGAAAACAUGAGCAGGUAUUUCGGGGAGAAUGUCAAACAUUUUGGAACGAAAGAGACAGACAUACACAAUGAGGAUUUCCAAGAAAGCAAUAAGAUGCAUGCUGUAAACGGACUCAUGUACGGGAACCUGGACGGGCUGGACAUGUGUGCCGGGGACGCUGUGAGGUGGUACGUCUUCGGGCUGGGCUCCGAGGUGGACAUCCACGGCGUUUAUUUCGAGGGGAACACCUUCGAUAAGCACAGCACCACGCGGGACACCGUCAGCGUGUUCCCACACACCACCGCUACCUUCAGCAUGCGGCCCAGCACGCCCGGUGUGUAUGAGGUGAGCUGCAGGGUCACAGACCACUUCUCCGCUGGCAUGAGGCAGCUGUACAGAGUCAACUACUGCCCGCAGCGCAAAGUCAAGGCAACGCAGACCCGACCCGCCAAAGUUGUGGAGUACUUCAUCGGCGCAGAGGAAAUCGAGUGGGACUACUCCCCAGAGAGACACUGGGAGCUGGAGAAGCACAGCGCCACCCCAGAGAACAGUCCAGGCAGCAUCUUCGUACAGAGGGGAAAGGACCGGAUCGGCUCGCGCUACAAGAAGGUGGUGUACAGAGAAUACACCGACGACAGCUUCAGAGUCCACAAGGAGCGCAAUGGGGACCAGGAGCACCUGGGAAUUAUGGGUCCGGUGAUCAAAGCAGAGGUGGGGGAGCAGAUCGUGAUAACGUUCAAGAACCUUGCUAGCCGGCCGUACUCCAUCGGCGCCCACGGCGUGAGGGCCAGCGGCGCCCACGUCCCCGUUCAACCCGGUCACAUACUGGGCCUGACGUGGGACGUGCCUGUCAGCUCAGGCCCAGGGCCCUCAGAUCCCACCUGCAUCACGUACGCCUAUUACUCCAGGGUCAAUUUCAUUAAGGACCUGUACAGCGGGCUCCUGGGGCCUCUGGUGAUCUGCAGACCUGGGACUCUGCAGCACGGCGCGGGGGCUGACAGGCGCAGGGCGGACGUGGACAAGGAGUUCGCUCUGCUCUUCAUGGUGCAUGACGAAAACCAGUCCUGGUAUUUGGAGGACAACAUCAGAACGUAUCUGGAGGAGGACCCCGAUGCAUUUGAGGCAGACCAGGAGUUUGAGGAGAGUAACUUGAUGCAUGGGAUCAACGGUAAAGUGUACGGAAACCUCCACGGGCUGGAGAUGACGCAGGGCCAGAGGGUGGACUGGUACCUGCUGGGCAUGGGCAACGAGGUCGACAUGCACACGGUCCAUUUCCACGCCGAGACCUUCACCUACAGGACGGACCGCGUGCACCGCGCAGACGUCUUUGACCUGUUCCCCGGGACUUUCCAGACUCUAGAGAUGGUCGCUGGAAACCCAGGAACGUGGCUGCUUCACUGUCACGUGACGGACCACAUCCACGCAGGCAUGGAAACCACGUUCACCAUCAAAGCGUCGGGAGCCGACGUGUCAUCAAACACCGUGCUGCUCAUACUGACACUUAGUCUCCUAGCUGCAGGUGGACUGCACUGAUCCAAGGCCUCUGACACUGGACUGGGACUUGUGUAAUCCCAGUGAUUAUAGGUGGAUUUUAAAAUUCUAGGACAAAAUCACUGUUGCAUGUGUUCACUAAAUGUAAAUGUCCAGUCAAACAUCUCGACACUAAAGAAUGUUGUAUAUCUUGGGACAAAUGGAUUUUAUAUUUUUUUGACAUGUUGCACUUCGUUGUUAGUUUUGCUCGUCGUGCCCAGAGCUGAUGUGACUAACAUUUGAUUCCUGUAGAGAAUGUGCAAUAGCAACAUUUAUUCUACAUGGCUUAGACAUCGGUUUUCAUUCUGAUUGUGAUAUUUCACCACCAGGUGGCAGCAUUGCACCUUGAACAGAUGCAUCCAGGGACUAAAUCUGAAUGUGCAGUGGUGUAUAUAUACUGAGCCAAAGUACACAAGUGAGUUAAAAAAUGCAAUAGUAAACACUCCCAGUAAUACUACUGUAGGUUACAUUUAUAUGUUUUGUGCACUGCACAUGUAGCGUUUUAUGUGUUAAAGCGUUUCAAUUGAAGCAAAUGAAUGUUAAAGCUUGUGAGAAAUAAACAGAUCAGCAAAUUAAACAGGUUAGUGACAUUACACAAGAGUGGGAAGUCAGAUGACCAGUUAAUGACAGACACUCAAACAGGCUGAUUGAUUCAUCUAUUGAUAGAGUAAGUUCCCCAUCAUGGACUUUCAGAUUAAAAGCAGGUCUGAAUCUCAGAAGCGGUUGUUUAUUUUACUGUUAUCCAGAGACAUUCAUCAUGUAAGAGCAUGAAUUAGCCUAUCAGUGUUUGUUCCCAUGGGUUUGUUGUUGGUCACUUUGUGAUUGAUUUGCAUAUUGAUUGGUUUCAGCACUGUGCCCUACGUGCGAACAAUCAGCGCUCCCAGUGCUCAGAGAAAAACACAUUCUGCUAAUGAUAAAACAAUCACAAGCGCAAUAAAGUUACUUUUAAGGUUUGGAGAUAAGUGUUUUUACAGCCUGGCAAAUCUAAAGUUGGCUGAACCUGAGAAAUCAAAUUGCCAAUAAAUUAUUUAAACAAUUA